GGUCAUAUCAACCACUCUCUUAUGAAAGAAUUUAGGGCCCGUUCUGGUCAGGGUAACGAUAAUGGUAGUUCUGCGAAGGCUGGUCUUCCUAAGAAGGUCAUCGAGCAGGCCUUCGGGUCGCUCGAUGCACUCAAGAAGUUCGAUGCCACUACUGCUGGCAUUCAAGGUUGGGGCUGGCUCGGUUUGAACCUCUCCAUCAGGCACCUCUAUAUCACCAAGACCGUAAACCAGGACCCGUUUCUG